UUUGAGCUAAGAAUUGGUUUGUAGAAACUAGGUCAUCAGAUCACUGACACUGAUCUUCAAAUUCUAAUGGAAGCUGGUGAUGUAGAUCGUGAUGGGCAUCUGGACUAUGGGGAGUUUGUGACCAUUUCUGUUCACCUAAGAAAGAUGGGCAACGAUGAACACCUUCUCAAGGCCUUUGAAUUCUUUGAUAAAAACCAAAGUGGGUACAUAGAAAUUGAGGAGCUAAGAGAUGCGUUGGCUGAUGAAGUGGAUGAAAACAGCGAAGAGAUCAUUAAUGCUAUCAUUCAUGAUGUGGACACAGAUAAGGAUGGAAGAAUAAGUUACGAUGAGUUUGCGACAAUGAUGAAGGCUGGUACAGAUUGGAGAAAAGCAUCAAGACAGUAUUCGCGAGAGCGGUUCAAUAAUCUGAGCCUCAAAUUGAUGAAGGAUGGCUCAUUACAGAUGAACAACGGGGGGUAGAUGACUCAACAAGAGAGGAUCAUGACUUACAAAAGGGCUAAAAGUACACUUUUUGUCUUUCAUUUUUCUUUCUUUUUUCCAGAUUUUUUCUUAUUCCUUUUUUUUUAAAAAAAAUAUUUUUAAUCCUUUUGCAAAAUCUUUUUUGGUAACUAGGAUUUGGGGCCUGGUGUUUUUUUUUUUUUCCUAGAAUUUUUUAUGUUCCUUUUGUUUGUUAUGAGAGUGGGGUGGACAAAACUAGAGAAGAAGUUGAAGGAGCUAUUAUUUGUGGUUGUAAAUAUAGUUAUUAAAUUCCAUCAAAUUAAUUACCUGGCUUUUGUUUACAUGAAAAUUUUGAAUUUUAUUUGGACGUUAAUUGAGAUUAAAUGGUGAACAAA